AUGGCGGCCCCUCAAGGUCCACCCCUCACCAUCACACUCACCCCGCGCGAGGAACAACUCAAAACCCUUCUCCUCGAAGCCGCCAAAUUCAUCGACUCCCAGCCCAACAGCAACCUCCCCUCCCCUCUAGAACUGCGCUGGGCGGGUGGGUGGGUGCGGGACAAGCUGCUGGGGAUCGAGUCGCACGACAUUGACACGGCCAUCAACGCCAUGACGGGGGAGUCCUUUGUGGACGGAUUACGCGACUACUGCGACAUUCCCUCACACCGCGCGCGCCACAACCUCGGGAACGACGACGUCGGCCGCCUGCACACGGUGCCCCGCAACCCGGACAAGUCCAAGCAUCUCGCCACGAGCACCAUUCGCCUGUGUGGGUUGGAUGUGGAUUUUGUGAAUUUGCGUAAGGAGACGUAUACGGAGGACAGUAGGAAUCCGAUUGUGGAGUUUGGAACGCCGGAGGAGGAUGCACUGAGGAGGGAUGCGACGGUUAAUGCGCUGUUUUAUAAUCUGCGUACGGGACAGGUGGAGGAUUUUGUGGGCGGGGUGGAGGAUUUGAGGAGGGGGUUGAUUCGGACGCCGAUGGAGCCACUGCAGACGUUUCUGGAUGAUCCGUUGAGGGUGUUGAGGCUGGUGAGGUUUGCUAGUCGGUUUGGGUUUAAGAUUGAUGCCGAGGCUGAGAGGGUUAUGGGUGAUGCGAGGGUGCUGGGGAAUUUGAAGGUUAAGAUCAGCCGGGAGAGGAUCGGGGUUGAGUUGGAGAAGAUGCUGAAGGGCCUGAAUCCCGUUGCGUCGCUGAGACUCAUCGACAGGCUGGGACUUUACCAUGCGGUCUUUACCGACCCCGAACGACCUAACAUGCCGGCCCCAGAUACAGCUACGUGGAGUGCCGCCUACGAGUGCCUGAACUUUCUGGAGAGGAAUAAAACCCCCGGCUCCAUCUACGACGUGCUCGUCACGAGCGAGGAGGCGCGAUACUAUACGUGGGCGCUGGCUACCCUCACACCAUGGGAACAGCUGCCCGACGAGCCCCCGUUGCCGUCGGGCAAGGCGUCGCUGCCGCUCCCGACGCAAGCUGCCAGGGAGGGUUUCAAAGCACCCAACAAGCUCUGCGACCUCAUCACCGCCGCCCACCGUCACCGCCCGGCCAUCGUCGAGCUCAUGACGGUAGUGCGCGACAAGAAGGAAGGCGUCAACGAGCGAGACCGCUUCGGCAUGGCUAUCCGAGACUGGGACGGCCGUGGUGGACACUGGCGCCUUCAGGUGCUGUUUGCCGUUCUCGUUGAUGUGGCUGGACGAGGAGCCGGGAGUGAUAGGGAGGCGGUGCUGGCCGAGUGGCAGCAGUUCUUGGACCACCUCGCCGAGCUGGAUGUCAUGAACGCGCCCUCGAUCAAGCGUCUGGUUGAUGGCAAGCUUUUGGCCAAAGAGCUUGGGGUGAAGCCGGGCAAGUGGAUGGCGGCGGCGCUGGAUGUUGCGCUAGCUUGGCAGUUGCGGAAUCCGAAGGCCACGGACCCGGCAGGGGCUGUUGAGGAAGUCAGGAAGAGGAGGGGGGAGCUGGGCAUUCAUUAA